CCCGCCCCGCCGCUCCUUGCCGGAGCCGGGCGCCUGUCCUCGCUGCGCUCCGGCGGGGGGGAUCGAUGGGCAGAGACCAGCCUCCCGCCGCUCCAGCGAGCAGACAGGCGGCGGGAGGAGACGAGCAGCCGGCCGCUCCGCCUGUGCUCCUUUCCCGUCCCGGGCUGGGGGCACAGCGCCGCGGUCACCCGCCCAGGGGACCCCCCGGCCCGCUGUCCCGCCAGGCAGCCCCGCCACCGGGCACCAUUCCCCCGCCGGGGCGGCCGCGGCUCAGCGUGGGGAGGAAAACUUUGCUGGCUGCCGCGCUCGGCGUGGUGAUGCUGCUGGCGCUGGUGAUCCUCAUCCCGGCGCUGGUGAGCUCGGCGGGCGCGGGCGGGCGCUACGAGAUGCUGGGCACCUGCCGCAUGGUCUGCGACCCCUACCUGGGCCGGGCGGCCGCCACCGCCAGCGCCCGGCCGGAGCCCGAGCCCCCCGGCGGGCCGCCGCCGCCCUCCACGCUGGUGCAGGGCCCGCAGGGCAAGCCGGGCCGGCCGGGCAAGCCGGGGGAGCCGGGCCCGCCGGGGGCCAUGGGCCCGCCCGGGGAGAAGGGCGAGCGCGGCAAGCCGGGGCCGCCCGGCCAGCCCGGCCCGGCGGGGGGCAGCGGCGCCUUCAGCACGGCCACUUACAGCACCGCGCCCCGGGUGGCCUUCUACGCCGGGCUCAAGAACCCGCACGAGGGCUACGAGAUCCUCAAGUUCGACGACGUGGUGACCAACCUGGGCAACAGCUACGAGGCGGCCACGGGCAAGUUCACGUGCAGCGUCCCGGGCACCUACUUCUUCACCUACCAUGUGCUGAUGCGCGGCGGGGACGGCACCAGCAUGUGGGCGGAUCUGUGCAAGAACGGGCAGGUGCGGGCCAGUGCGAUUGCACAGGACGCGGACCAGAACUACGACUACGCCAGCAACAGUGUCAUCCUGCACCUGGACCCCGGCGACGAGGUCUUCAUCAAACUGGAUGGCGGCAAGGCUCACGGGGGGAACAACAACAAAUACAGCACGUUCUCGGGCUUCAUCAUCUACUCGGACUGAGCUCGCCCUCGCCAAGCAGACUGGGAAGGCUCCCCAGGCGGGGCCCAUCCCUAGAGCAUGGCCCGGGGGUCUGGCCCCGGCCUCCCUGCCACAUGGAGUGCUGGGGAGGGCAUCUGGCUGCCGACAGUGAGACCCUGACAUCUGCUCCUUUCCCUUCACUUCUUUCCUCCCCACAACAGCUACGCAGCCCCCAUGAGCCCCAUCUCACCUGAUGGCCACGUGACCCCUCGUGAGCUCCGUCUCAGCCCCCGAUGGCCAUGUGGCCCCCACAAGUCCCGUCUCAGCCCCCAAAAGCCACGUGGCCCCCCAUGAGUCCCAUCUCCCCCCCAUGGCCAUGGCCACGCAGCCCCCCGUGAGCCCCAUCUCACCUCCCGACUGCCACACGGCCCCUCAUGAGCCCCGUCUACCCCCCGACAGCCUAGUGACC